AUGACUGUCGGCACUUUGGCACCUCGUCGACGGCUUACCACUGCUGCCUUCAAGACGUCACAGCCUGCUCCGACAUCCCAGAGUGAUGAUAAGUAUAUCAAGCUCCAAAGUACGGAUGAUGGCGUCAAGGUAACACGUACCCAGUCGGUGGUGGACAUAACGGACGAGAACUCUGACGUCAGCGGCCGGGUUCUAAGUCAGAAGGAAUUUUUGGAGGCCAAACGAACGCGUUUUGUCACAAAAGAGGAGUAUGAUAAAUUAAAACCCCAUGAAGUGCGAAAUCAUGUGAAGGCUACCAUUAAGCCUGCCGACCUGGAGGCGAAAUACGGAAAGAAGCGGGCGAAAAAAAUGAUAAAGCGUCAAAUGCUGACCGAACACGGCAAAGCAUCGUGGAACCCACGCGACAUUGUAGCGGAAUCUCACAUCAAGGAAUUUAGCAUGGACGACGUCGACAUUGAGCGCAGGCCGAAGGUGGAACAAUUCCAUUUUUUGAACAAGUCCAUCUAUGACAUGACGGAGGAAGAAUUCUACAGCUCGUUUUUUCGCGACCGCGAGAGGAAAUUCGAUGGCAUGGGCAGCAAACUCCGGAACCUUGAAUCGCAGUUGCUCAAGGAGCAGCAGGAAGCUUUGCGCUCCUCCCCGAAGACCCGAAUUGCGCCAAAGGCAUAUUGGCUGAAAGCUGGUUACGUGUCUCCCACCCCGGAAGAGGUGGCUGCCUUGAAUUCACUUGAUCUUCGUUUUGUCAUGAUGAAUGAAGCCCGCAAAUCGAUUGCCACAUGCAAUAUCGAUGAUAAGAUUUGGGACGCAUUUUUGAUGAGAGUUAAUACCAUUGCUCCUAACGUCUGCAUCCGGUCUCUGUUGCGCUUUCUCCAAAUUGUCUCGAAGGUCCAGCUUACACCGACGGACCACGUGCGUGCUUUGGUCGACCACAUCCAUCGCCGCCGAGCAGAGAUGAAACCUAAGCAUUACGUCUUUCUUUUCCAGGCGCUGGGAAGGCUGCGGUUGCGUGAUCAGCGCCUGUACGACGAUCUCUACGAGAUGGUGCUGUGUUGGCCGGUGCUGCGUAACAAUUUCUUGGUGAAGGCAGCUAAUUCGCUGGCGAAGCUUGGGGUCUGCGAUUCGUUACUGUUGCAACCUUUGCGUGAUGUACUGGCGAAGCGCAUCGAUUUUUUCUCAGCAACCGAUUGUACGCGGCUGAAGGCCAUCACGAUACUUGAAAUGUUUGCUGAUGACAUGAUACCCUCAUUCCUGGAAAAAUGCGAGUAUCACCGUCAACACUUUCGCCACUACACGCGCCACUUGGAGGUCAUUGAGUUAUAUAUACGGCUAUUCAAAGCGGAAGUGUACGGCCGUCUUGAUGACGCAACCAAGCAAUUCCUCAUCGACGUCCGGCAGCAGACGUUGGCCAAGAAGCUGGCCGAUGCCACUUCGACAUCUAUGGUGACUGAUGAGUGCAAUUCAGCCGUAUCGGAUGACGAAGAUGAUGACCGCUUGGAUCACGAUGCGUCCCAAAUGUCUGGCUCGGCUGCUGGUGGUAGUAGUACUGCUGCCAGGGCUGUACGCUGCCCAUACCACGAGGACGUGAGCAGGGUGUUGACGCUCCUAGGCGUACCACAUCGCAACUACAUGAGGGCUGGUCCCUUCAUUCUGGAUGUUUAUGAACCCAAGUCUAACACCGUCAUCGAGAUCAACACCGAGCACCAAUACUACCACGGUACCACACAUCUCACUGCUAUGGCUCGCAGGCGCCAUGAACUGAUUGCGGGCAUGGGCUUCCGUCUGCUACACAUCCCCUAUCGGUGGUGGCGUCAAUUGCAAGGUGACGAGGCGAAGGCAUCGGCGCUGCGGGAACAUCUCUGCCUGGUCUCGUAA